UGGAGCGGGGCAGCCCAGGCCACUGCAGCGAGGUGAUCAGCCCCGAGAUCCUCAAGAUGAGGGCCGCUCUCUUCUGCAUCUUCACCUACCUGGACACCAAGACGCUGCUGCGCGCCGCCGAGGUGUGCAAGGACUGGAAGUUCGUGGCCCGGCACCCAGCUGUGUGGACACGGGUGCUGCUGGAGAAUGCCAGGGUCUCCUCCAAGUUCCUGGCCAUGCUGUCCCAGUGGUGCACCCAGAUGCAUUCCCUCACCCUCCAAAACCUGAAGCCACGACAGCGGGGCAAGAAGGAGAGCAAGGAGGAUUAUAUGAAGAGCACACGGGGCUGCCUGGAAGCGGGGCUGGAGUCGCUGCUCAAGGCCACGGGCAGCAACCUGCUGAUCCUGCGCAUCUCGCACUGCCCCAACGUGCUGACCGACCGCUCGCUCUGGCUGGCCAGCUGCUACUGCCGCGCCCUGCAGGCCGUCACCUACCGGAGCUCCACGGACCCUGUGGGCCAUGAGGUGAUCUGGGCCUUGGGAGCAGGCUGCAGGGACAUCAUCUCCCUGCAGGUCGCACCUCUGCAUCCCUGGGCUGCGGCCUGCAGGGACUGGCAUCCCUAGCCCGGAACUGCAUGAGGCUGCAGGUGCUGGAGCUGGACCACGUGGCCGAGAUCAACCAGGAGGUGGCAGCUGAGGUGUGCCGGGAGGGGCUCAAGGGGCUGGAGAUGCUGGUACUCACCUCCACGCCGGUGACCCCCAAGGCCCUGCUGCACUUCAACAGUGUGUGCAGGAACCUGAAAUCCAUCGUGGUGCAGGUGGGCAUUGUGGACUACUUCAAGGAGCCCCACAGCCCUGAGGCCAGGAAGAUGUUUGAGGAGAUGGUGAACAAACUGCAGGCCCUGAGGAAAAGGCCUGGCUUCUCCAAGAUCUUACACAUCAAGGUGGAAGGAGGCUGUUAGCCCUUCAGGGAGCCCAAAGCACAUUCCCUGCUCUGCCCAGAGCCCCGAGGGGCCGGACGGGGACCCCCGAUCAGGCACCAGGAACCCCAAACUCCCGCAGCCUUUGGGGCCACCCCGGGUGACAAGGUGCUACUCAAGGACAAGUUUUGGCUGUCCCCAGAGCCAGGGCCGUGCUCUUUGCCAGGAGGAGGAUGGUUUUGCAGCCCUGCAGCUGCUCCUCACCCAGGAUCCAUGUUUGGGGACAGCUGUUCUGCUGAACUCUGCUUUGGGGAUCCCUGACCCCAUUCUGGGGCUGGGCUGGCCACUGCAGCCCCGGGUGCUGGACCUGGGCUGGGAAGGGGCUGCUCCUCCCCCAGCAUUGCCCAGGGUUUCUGCUCCUUUUCCUUUGGGAUUUGGCACAGGGGCACCUGAACCCAGGAAAUGCUCCCAGGAACCAGCAGAGCACAAGGCCAGGAGCAGAGCUGCACCUCGGGCAGCCACAGGGCACAGGAGAGAUGGGUGCUCCUCCAGAGGGCUCCAGCCUCACCUCCUCUCCUCCAAACCCUCCUGCCAAGGCAAUAAACCAUCUCCAGAUCCUCAUCCACCAGGAAACAAGGGUCACACUCCUGUCCCCACCAUCCUCAGACUCCAUCUGGGGUCAGGGUCCCAUGUGGAGAGAGAGACUGUCACAGGACACCCACGUUUGCCUUCCCAAGCAGCCUGAAGGAGAAACCCUGGCCAGAAUAUCCUGAAAUGACCCUGGGAAAAGCACCAACCAACAGCCCUGGCUGACCCUUAGCUACAGCCGCCAUUUUCUAAAUCUGAUUUUUCUUCUGAGCGCCCUCAGCCUGCAAGGACAUCAUCAUCAUCCCCAGAACAUCCUUUUUCCAUGGGAAAAGGCUUUGGAAAGGCAUCCAGCAGGGUCAGGCAUCUCCAUCCUCCACCUGAGGAGAAGGUUCCAGGAGGUGGCCCUGGGGCUGGGGACACCACCAGAGCACUGCCAGCAGUGGGGACAGCCCAGCCUUACCCACAGCCCCAGCCCCUGUCCUUGGGCUGAGCAGAGAGGAAGAGACUGGGACAGUGGAUCUGGGCUUUUCCCUCUUCUCUGGACCAGCCCUGGAGGUUUUGGUGCCUGCUGGCCAGCGUGGCUGGGAGGGGACACUCCCAGAGCCUGUCCCCUGCCCAGCCCUCACGUGGAGCAUCCCCCAGGAGGGACUGGCUGCUGAUCCAGCACCACAUCCCUCAGCCAUGGCACAAGAGCUGCUGACCUCAGCUGGGGCUGCCACACAGCCCGUGGGGAUCCCCAGAGCAAGGAGGAUCACCCCAAAUCACCGAGGCUGGUGGGGCUGGAGGCAGCUCGAGAGCUUUCAGCUUCCCCCCAUCCCACCUGUGCUCUCUGCUCUGAAGCAGGGUGCGGUUUUGUGGCCACAGCCCCGUGGGAAUCAGCCCUGCUCCCCCUCCCAUGCAGCUUUCCAGGAGAAGGCUGUUCCUGAAUGCACAAAAUGUGGGAGCCCAAAAACACCUGUGAGAAGCUCCUGCACCCCCAGGUCCCACAGAUGAGCUCCUGACUCCCUGCCAUGCCCACCAUGGGUUUACCUCCAUCCUGGGGAGCCUGGCACACUCCUAACCCCCUGGGCAAGGGGUGCUCCAACCAGCAAAAACCACCCAGCAGAGCUACAACCCCCAGGGGCAGGAGCAUGGCCCAGUGGAGAUGGCAGCACCACAGCACAGGGACUCGUGGAAUUCCCUUAAAAACAAAAA